CUUUCUAAUUUCUGUUUUUGUUUUUUGCAGAAAAUGGCUGUUCCACCUACUUACGUUGAUCUAGGAAAAUCUGCCAGAGAUGUUUUCACCAAGGGAUACGGUUUUGGCUUAAUAAAACUUGAUUUGAAAACAAAAUCUGAAAAUGGACUGGAAUUUACAAGCUCAGGUUCAGCAAACUCAGAGACAAGCAAAGUUACUGGCAGUUUGGAAACAAAAUACAAAUGGAUUGAAUAUGGCUUGACAUUCACAGAAAAGUGGAACACUGAUAAUACACUAGGCACAGAGAUAACGGUUGAAGAUCAGCUUGCACAUGGACUGAAGUUGACCUUUGACUCCUCGUUCUCUCCUAACACUGGGAAAAAAAGUGCUAAAAUUAAGACAGGAUACAAACGAGAACACAUCAAUCUGGGCUGUGAUAUGGAUUUUGAUAUUGCUGGCCCUUCAAUACGUGGAGCUGUGGUGGUUGGCUAUGAAGGCUGGUUGGCAGGUUACCAAAUGAAUUUUGAGACGACUAAGUCCAGAGUAACUCAGAGCAACUUUGCUGUUGGCUACAAGACUGAUGAAUUCCAGCUUCACACUAACGUGAAUGAUGGAACAGAAUUUGGAGGCUCCAUUUACCAGAAGGUGAAUGAUAAAUUGGAAACUGCUGUCAAUCUUGCUUGGACAGCUGGAAAUAGCAACACUCGCUUUGGAAUAGCAGCCAAAUAUCAGAUUGAUCCAGAUGCAUCUUUUUCUGCUAAAGUGAACAACUCCAGUCUUAUUGGUUUAGGAUACACUCAGACUUUGAAGCCAGGAAUCAAGCUCACGUUGUCUGCUUUGUUGGAUGGGAAGAAUGUUAAUGCAGGUGGUCACAAACUUGGUCUAGGAUUGGAAUUUGAAGCAUAAAAAAGAAUUGCACAAUCACUAAUUUGAAAACACCUUACAGCAUAGCUACCUUCAGAAUUUAGUGUACCUUUCAAUGUUUUAUGUCUGGGAUGCAAGUAUUGCUAUGUAUCAGUCAUGCUAAACCUGGUUAAAGACAGCUAAGCUUUAAAGUGUUGUUCUUUAAGAAGUGGAGAAAAAACAUUUUUUUAAAGAUCCUGAUUCCAGGCUUUUUUGGAACGCUGUUGCCCAUCACAGCUGCCACAUACACAUUACAAGGGAUGUAAAGGUACUGAUUUACCCUUAAAGUAAUGUCUAGAUAACUAAAGGCAGACUAGUGUGAUGUAGAAACUAGGACUUUGAAAAUUGCAGAUCAUGAUAGUGAAAUCUUAAUUCAGGAAGCAGUUUUCUGAGACUAAAUGUUCAGUUUCAAUCCAGGACAGAGUGUGCAAACUUGUCUGAAAAAGGGAUAUCUUUAGAUCAAUAAUUUGUAUAUGGUUUCAGUUUUAUUUAGUUAUCUUACACUUACAGUUGUCUUCAGAGUGCUUGAGAAUGUCCACCUUGUAUAAUUUCAGCGUGGAGAAGGUUUGAUGCGACUCAGCCAAUAAAACUUGUCCUGUGUUGUGAUUCCUUUCCCUUGCACUAAAUAUGGAAAAGCUUGUAAGACAGAGCCAUAAGCAGGGAAGAGUCUUUGUAACUGUAAUCACAUAGUGGCAUCACUUUAAAUUUGAAAUGGACUUUUGUUUUAUUACCACUUUUUUUAGCAAUUUAAUGGGUACAUUUUUAGAGUCUUCCAUUUUGUGUGGAACUAGACCCCAAAGUGCUGUACUUGACACUACUUAAAAUGAAAAAACCAAACCCACUUCAAUAAAAUAUUGAAACAUCACCUUUUA